AUGCGAAUUAAAAAUCAUAAAGGAGAGAAAGAACGACUUUUGGACGAAGAUGAAAUAUCAAAUGGUACUUUACAUGUUGCUCAACAGGGCAAUUGAAAGAAGACUUUCUUCCAAGUUUACAUUUUCAUACUAACUUUCUUAACAUAUGCGUCUCUUCAUCUAAGCAGAGAAGCAUGGUCCUUCCUCAAAGAGGAAGUCAAGGAAGAACAGUCUCCUGGAAUCGGCCUCUCAAGUAAUGACUUGGGCACAAUUGAUAUGUUCUUCUUGUUUUCGUACUCAAUCGGACUGUUCAUCAGUGGCAUUCUUGGAGACAACCUGAACAAAAACCUCCUGCUCGGGUGUGGAUAUUUGGUAGCUGCUGGAGCAACAGUCAUGGUUGGGCUUGGAGGCCUUUGGAAAAUCAGAUCAGUCUGGUAUUAUGUAGGAUUUUUCAUGAUAAGUGGGUUUGCUCAAUCUGUUGGAUGGCCCUCAGUGGUCGCAGUCAUGGCCAACUGGUUCCCUAAGAAAGGGCGAGGCUUCUGGUUCGGUGUCUGGACCUCCAACCCCAAUGUUGGCAACAUCCUCGGCACACUUGUUUCAAGCCUGGUUAAUGGGGUUAUUGGGCUGAGUUGGAGCUGGACUUGGAUAAUUGUAGCAAUGAUUGUUGCGACUUUUGGUGUGAUUAAUUUCAUCUUCAUGAUCGAACACCCAGAUAAGGUUGGCAUUAGUAUUGAGAUUCAACAAGACGAAGAAGUCAAUACCAUGGAACAUAGAGAUGAGAGAGAAGUUGAAAGUGGAGUUGCAGAAAAUGCUAUUUAUAAAGAAAGCCAAAGUGAUAAUGAAGGUGUAGAAAGCCAAAUAUCUUCAGAUUGAAACAGAAGUAAAGAGGAGGAAGAUCAUGAUAAAAAAGUUAAUUUCAACUUCUUUAGAGCUUGGCUGAUCCCUGGUGUCAUCCAAUACUCAAUCUGAUAUCUUGCCCUCAAGCUUUGCAAUUACGGUAUAUUACUUUGGUUACCCACUUAUGUGUCGGAAGAGCUAGACUUUUCAACCAGCGAGAAAGCUCUCGUUGCCAUUCUCUACGAUGUCGGCACCAUCAUCGGCAGCGUGUCUCUGGGGCUCCUGUCAGACAUGAUGUACGGAAAGCGAGUCCCAGUGUGUUUUGUAGGACUGUUAAUAGCAACAUGUUUUCACUCCACUCUGAUAUUCCUGGGUAACAACGAGAAAGUCAUCAUUUUCAUAGUAAUCUUUAUCCUGGGGUUCUUUAUCGGAUCCAUUGCAAAUAUAAUAUCUGGGACGGCAUGUGCUGACAUUGGCAAGCACGACUCCAUCAAAGGUAAUGACUCGGCCUUGUCGACUGUCACCGGGAUAGUAGACGGAACAGGAUCUCUGGGAGCUGCUGCUGGGCAGAAAGGAAUAGGAUACAUUCAGGACAACGCGAAUUGGACAGCAGUAUUCAUAAUGAUGACAUCGUUUGUGUUUAUUAGCUCAGUACCAAUUUCAUGAAUCUUUGUGAGAGAAAUAAAAGAGAUCUUGGCUAUUAGGAAAUCUGCAAAGGAAGAGAAAAAUGUAAAAUCUUUCUAG